GUACAUUAUUUGUUGUUGUUUUAGUAGAAGAGGGCCAGUCGACAACUUCAACAUAGUAGGCGAUUUUUAUAAUACAAACUAUAGAGUUUUGAAAAUCAAUAUUUUAAUUGCGCUGAUUCGGCUAUCUGAUAUUGGUCCAAGUGGGGAAGACGGGCGUUGUACUUCACUUCUUCCUGAAUCCAUCAGAACCCAUCCAAGAUGUCUAGCCAGUAUCAGCGAAGUGUUCCACUGGAGGUCAGGAGAGCGGAAGGGGAAAGAGUCCGCGCCAAACAUCCGGAUAAAAUCCCGAUAAUUGUGGAGAGAGCUGCAAGGUCACGAGCUCCUGAGCUUGACAAAAAGAAAUACCUUGUUCCUUCAGACCUCACAGUCGGUCAGCUCUGCUUCCUGAUCAGACAGCGGGUGUCUAUGAGACCAGAAGAAGCGCUCUUCUUUUUCGUUAAAAAUUCCCUCCCUCCAUCCAGUUCCCCCCUGUCUGCAGUGUAUGAGGAACAUCACGAGGAAGACCUGUUCCUGUACAUGACAUACAGUAAUGAAAGUGUUUACGGUGCCUGAGACGAAGGAUGAAUAGACCGAAGAGAAGAGAUUGAGAAAGAGAGAGAAAGAUGAUACAUUAUUUACCACUAUUAUCCCAUGUUCAAUACAUGGUACCUACAUGAGGCAUUGCUCAUUGUGGGGACUAAAGGGUGCUGUUUGUAUUUAUCAGUAUAAUCAGGUUAUUCAUUAAACAAAUUAUUCCCAGUAAAGCAUUGGGACUUUAGACCUAAGAGACACUAAAGAGAAAAUGGAAGGUCAAAAACAAAAAUAGAAAUACAUUUCAAAAACAGUAGUACAGUAAGCAAGUAUUAAUUUCGUCUUUCUCUCCCAGGAGCGCAUCAUUUGUAUUUAAUGCAAAUAGGUUUUUGUUCUUGUUUUUCUUUUUUGUAAAGUAUUAUCAAUAACUUUGUGCAUAUAAUAAAAAUCUUUCAAAUGUU